CCAGUACUACCCAGUAAAGUUGCCGCCAACAUGUCCGCUUAACAUCAUUUACUCAAGCGCCUCAUUCACCGACGCCGCUGCGCUUGGGUCUACGUGUUCCAUUCUCGACACCUAGUACUUCAAACAUGGCUGGCUGGACUACAACUACCGAACUGACAGACCUUUUCGCCCUGUGCGCAACUGACCCGACACCAUGUCCGUUCACUGGGCCGCACACCCCCCAGCCCGCCAGCAGGAAAAUCGUGCUGGACCCCGAUGGUGACCUUUUGCUGCAAGUCGGAGAGUCCGGAUGCGCCAGUGCUACCGGAGAACAUGACCUUGUAACCCCCGUUGUCUUCGUCUCGUGUUCAAAGAGUCUGUCGAGGGCGUCGGCGGUGUGGAAGCGUCUUCUUUACGGCGGCUUUGCUGAAUCUCGGGGGGCGGGGUCCGGAAAUUGGGAGGUCCAGCUCCCCGACGACAACAUCAAAGCUAUGACCAUGGUUCUCGCCAUCAUCCAUGGUCGAUUCGAGCUGUUGCCUCCAGUCGACGGUUCCAUUGGGUUGGAAGACCUCUACCAACUCACAGUCCUGACCGACAAAUACGAUCUAACUAGGCUUCUUCGACCUUGGGCACGGUCUUGGUUACAGAACUCCCAGAAAAAUAAGACUGCCACUCUGGGCGCGACUCCCUCUGAACGGCGAAUUUGGAUAGCGUGGGAACUGGGUGACCGCCAAUUGUUUCAAGCUGCGCUCGAGGACUUGGUUUUGAACAGCUCCGCACACGCUCGCGAUCAACAUCUUUCCUCCAUCGGCCGCAAUGAGCUCUUUUCUAACAGUUUGGAACCUUUAGGCGUUCAAGACCACAUCAAAAGCAAUCGUUUAAAUGCAAUUACAACAUUGCUUGACCUCUACCAAACUGCCCUUACCAAGCUUUUAGCCAAAACUCCCGCAACCAGGGAGCCAUACGGCUAUCAUCCGAUAGUGCCGGCGAAAGCUUGUGUGGCCAAGAUUGAUCCCUGGCGUCAAUAUGAGCAGAGGCAAUGCGACCUCAUCAUGCUCGGUUCAUUGAUCGAAUCCCUGUCCUGGAGCGGUCUCUGGCCACUGCCGGCAGCAUCCUGCUUCCAAGAGAGUUUGCUGGAUCUGGCUUCUAAGCUCAAGUCGCUAAAGUGCGAGAGUUUCAGGGAGGUUGGGGAUGGGGGAUCCAGGCACAGUAAUUGUCACCCCAUGCCGGAUGGUGCACAACAAAUCGAUGCCAUAUUGGCCUCUAUUCGAACUCAACCAACAGAUGAUCAACUACGACAUCUAGAGACUCAAGCAAAGAAGUCAGGGCUUCGGGUUUGACAGAAAAAUAUUGGCCAGGCAAAGCAUCAAGUUUGGGAGACUGGGAUCAUGACAACAUUGUUACGGAAGCCAUCACUAAACCCCGUCAUCCUGCGCACCCACUUGAUCGUUAGGUAGGUCACUCAAAUGAGACUUUGUAAAUAUGUUGGAACUCGCACGGCA